AUGCCAAUUGCUCCUAUCACAGGUACUCUCAAAAAGCGUAUGAUCGUUGACAUUGGUUUAGCCUUUGUUAUUGGAUCCGCCGGUGCUUCUUAUUGGUGGUGGGGUUUCCACCAAAACGCAGUUGAAACAAGAGAAGCAUGGUAUGCUGCUCAAGCCGAAAGAAGAAAGGCUGAAGAGUAA